UCUGCAGCGUGUAUAAUAGCAGGCAGACGGCGCUGGGAGUCUAGGAGGAGCUGUGGCAAGGUCGAAGACAGCAUCCUUAAGAACAACGCAGAGCUCCCAGUUGGACCUUUGUGACUCCGAAAACGCGAGGGUUGCUGGAACUUUGGGACUUACUGCCCCGAGAAAGGAAAGAAGAAGUGUGGCGGCAACUUCCCAGCUUGUAGUUGCAUGUCCUGACGAAGCUAAGCAGCUAUCUGCCUCUACUACCGCCCUCUUUUCGGCAUCCUGCGCUUUUCCUCAGUGGGCAGCACAGCGUGUGUUGUCCUGGAACUAGCAGGGGCUUAGUGACGGCCACCUCAGCGUCUUCUUUUCUGGUCUGGUAGGUCCGAACGAGUGUUACCCACACGGCUGCCACGUUCUGCAUCACAGCUAUGUCGGAACCAUCCACUGCACCUUCCGCGCCAGCAGAAACUGCCACCCCGGAAAGUGAGUUUUUAGCUCCAGAUGCCGGGCAAAGGCCGCCCGGUCCGACACCCAGUCAGAGCCGCUUCCAGGUGGACCUUGUGUCUGAAGCCGCCGGCGCCUCCGGGGAAAAGUCUGCGAGCUGCGACUACUCCGCCGCGGGUACUGAUCUAGGGGUCGGGGGGGAGGAAGCCAAGGGCCGGUUCAGAGUGGUGAACUUUGCGGAUCCGAACGGAUCGGGGAGCGCGGCCUCUCCUGAGGGAGUGCCGCCUGAGGGAUUACAGAACGGAGACACGGUGAUGAGCGAGACGAGCCUGCAUUCAUCGACAGGGGGCCAGCAUCACUAUCACUAUGACACCCACACCAACACUUAUUACCUGAGGACCUUUGGCCACAACACCAUUGAUGCUGUUCCCAAAAUUGACUUUUACCGGCAGACGGCGGCGCCUUUGGGUGAGAAGCUGGUGAGACCCACCCUGUCGGAGCUCCACGACGAGCUUGACAAGGAGCCGUUUGAGGAUGGCUUUCCUAAUGGUGAUGAGCUGACACCGGCUGAAGAGGCUGCUGCUAAAGAGGCUGCAGAGCCCAAAGGAGUGGUCAAGUUUGGCUGGAUUAAGGGGGUUCUGGUACGCUGCAUGUUGAACAUUUGGGGAGUGAUGCUCUUUAUCCGCAUGACAUGGAUUGUUGGCCAGGCUGGAAUUGCUCUUGCCUGUGUGAUUGUAGGCAUGGCCACUGUUGUGACAACCAUCACCGGCCUCUCCACGUCCGCCAUAGCCACCAAUGGAUUUGUUCGUGGAGGAGGAGCAUACUACUUGAUCUCGAGGAGUUUAGGACCAGAGUUUGGAGGCUCUAUCGGCCUGAUCUUCGCCUUUGCCAAUGCAGUGGCUGUAGCCAUGUACGUAGUUGGCUUUGCUGAAACUGUUGUGGAACUUCUCAAAGGUGUGGAUGCGCUCAUGACUGAUGACAUCAAUGACAUCCGAAUCAUUGGCACCAUCACAGUAAUUGUUCUCCUGGGCAUCUCUGUGGCAGGAAUGGAAUGGGAGGCCAAGGCCCAGAUCUUCUUGCUUGUUGUCCUUAUCACAGCCAUUGUGAACUACUUUAUUGGAUCCUUCAUUCCCGUAAAAUCAAAGGAACCUUUAGGCUUCUUUGGAUAUGAUGGUGCAAUCAUGUGGGAGAACAUGGGUCCGGACUUUCAAGGGGAGACGUUUUUCUCCGUCUUUGCCAUCUUCUUCCCCGCAGCCACUGGUAUUCUGGCUGGUGCCAACAUUUCUGGAGACCUUGCUGACCCACAGAUGGCUAUACCCAAAGGAACCCUUCUUGCAAUAUUAAUAACAGGAAUAGUCUACUUGGGGGUUGCAGUUUCAACAGGAUCUUGCAUUGUGAGACAUGCCACUGGAAAUAUAAAUGACACAGUCAGUUCUCAGUUUUUGACAAACUGCACUGAUGUUUCGUGCAAGUAUGGCUUCGACUUCUCUAGCUGUAAGAGCCCCGGAACGAAAUGCUUACAUGGACUCCAUAAUGACUUCCAGGUGAUGAGCUUGGUUUCAGGUUUCUCGCCAAUCAUCUCAGCUGGAAUCUUCUCUGCGACUUUGUCCUCUGCACUGGCCUCUUUAGUGAGCGCACCCAAAGUUUUCCAAGCUUUAUGUAAAGACAACAUAUACCCUUACAUUGGAAUAUUUGCCAAAGGAUAUGGCAAGAACAACGAGCCUCUUCGAGGCUACAUCCUGACCUUUGGCAUCGCUCUGGCCUUCAUUCUUAUUGCUGAGUUGAACACAAUUGCACCGAUUAUCUCCAACUUUUUCCUGGCAUCCUAUGCCUUGAUCAAUUACUCUGUGUUCCACGCAUCACUGGCCAACUCUCCAGGCUGGCGUCCCAGCUUCAAAUACUACAACAUGUGGGUUGCCCUUGCUGGAGCCAUACUCUGCUGUGUGGUGAUGUUUGUCAUCAACUGGGCAGCUGCCCUCCUCACAAAUGUCAUUGUUAUGGGUCUCUACAUCUAUGUGAGCCACAAAAAGCCAGAUGUGAACUGGGGCUCAUCCACCCAGGCUUUGACCUAUCAACAGGCUCUGAGCCACACACUGCACCUCAGUGCAGUGGAGGACCAUGUCAAGAAUUUCAGACCCCAGUGUUUGGUGAUGACUGGUUAUCCCAACUCCCGUCCUGCCCUCCUAGAUCUCGUUCACUCCUUUACUAAGAAUGUUGGCCUCAUGAUCUGUGGUCAUGUCCGCAUGGGCUACAGAAAGCCAAACUUUAAAGAUCUCGCUGCAGACCAGUCCCGGUACCAGCGCUGGUUGAUGAGGAAUGAGACCAAGGCCUUCUACACACCAGUGUUUGCUGAGGACCUGAGACAGGGCUCCCAGUACUUGCUCCAGGCUGCUGGUCUGGGUCGUCUCCGGCCAAACACGCUGGUGCUUGGCUUCAAGAAUGACUGGAGAGAUGGUGACAUGAUGAAUGUGGAGAUUUACAUUAAUAUGAUCCAUGAUGCCUUUGACUUCCAGUAUGGUGCUGUCAUCCUGCGACUGAAGGAGGGGCUGGAUGUGUCUCAUAUCCAAGGACAAGAUGAGUUGUUGUCCUCCCAGGAGAAAUCUUCAGGGGCGAAGGACGUGAUUGUCUCCAUUGACACAAGCAAAGACUCAGACUGUGAUUCAUCUAAGCUGUCUUCAAAGACUACCAGCCUUCAGAACAGUCCAGCUGUACAGAAAGAUGACGAUGAAGAUGGCAAAGCUACCACUCAGCCACUGUUGAAAAAAGACAAGAAGAGUCCAACAGUACCUUUAAAUGUGUGUGACCAGAGGCUGUUGGAGGCCAGCCAGCAGUUCCAGCAGAAACAGGGGAAGGGCACUGUGGACGUCUGGUGGCUGUUUGACGAUGGGGGUCUGACUCUGUUGAUCCCCUACCUACUGACUAACAAGAAGAGGUGGAAGGAGUGCAAGAUCCGUGUUUUCAUUGGAGGCAAGAUCAACCGCAUUGAUCAUGACCGCAGAGCGAUGGCAACUCUACUGAGCAAGUUCAGAAUAGACUUCUCCGACAUCACUGUGCUUGGGGACAUCAACACCAAGCCCAAGAAGGAGCAUGUGGCAGCCUUUGAGGAGAUGGUUGAGCCGUACCGGCUGAAGGAAGACAACAUGGAGUUGGAGGCAGCUGAAAGGUUGAAAAACAGUGAACCAUGGAGAAUCACAGACAACGAGCUGGAACUGUACCGCGCCAAGACCAACCGUCAGAUCAGGCUCAACGAGCUGCUGAAGGAACACUCUGCCACAGCCAACCUCAUCGUCAUGAGCCUGCCUUUAGCUCGGAAGGGUGCAGUCUCGAGUGCCCUCUACAUGGCGUGGAUGGAGGUGCUGUCCAAGGACCUGCCUCCCAUCCUCUUCGUGCGUGGCAACCACCAGAGCGUCCUCACUUUCUACUCUUAGUCCUAGCACAGGGGAAAAAACCUGUAUUUAUAAGUCUCACAUUCACCUCUGCGACUGGAAGCAAAGCCACACACAUGUCCCAGUUAAAGCCCAAAGUGAAAGGUGCACCAUCACACUCCAGAGACUGUAGAACACAUCAAUGAUAUAUGAAAGGAAGCGAUACUGGUUGAGAUACUUAAAGAAUCUUUAUUUGAAAAAGGAAUGUCAGGGUCAGGGAGGUACUGCUAAGGUUGCCCUCUUGGCUCUCUUCUUUACUAUUUAUUCAAAAAUGCCCUUUUUUCUUGUAGCUUUAGUUUUUUCGAAUUUUGUGCAAAAAUGAAUUGUCAUUUCUGUUGAAAUUUCUUUCUCUCAGGCUCUAAAGCAGGCAUGCACAACAUUUUUACUUUGUUCUCAUGAUAUGGAAUCUCUUUGGAAGUUAUUAGGAUGACUUGUCAUGUCUGUUGCAGCAAUAAUCACCUAGUUUUUAUUUUGUUUAAAUAUUGGAGAGAACCACAGGAUGCUUUGCAACACCUAAAGCCUUACAGAUGUGCCUUUUGGUUGGAUCUGAUCAAGUAAUUCUAAUCUCUAAUCAGAUUGACAAUAUAACCUAUAAUAUUGGUGGACAUUAAGUAAUCAUUUGAAUGUGUUUUAUUAUGAUUCCUUCUUACUUCAAUUUAGUUAUGGGAGUUGAUUGCUGGACUUCAGUGAAGAUUUCCACUUGAUUGCAUGAAGCCUUUCUGUCAUUUUCUUAGUUCUUCUAAUCUGUUAUGGUUCAGAGCUUUGUUGGUCUUCCAUUGGAAAGCUGUUGAUCAUUUUCAAUAGCCUGUUACUAGACACAUUAAACUCUUUGGGCACAGUGCCUGAAUGAGAUUGUAUUUGGUUUUAAAAGAAACAUGCUGUUAGUUUGCAAAGAUGUGAAUCUAAUGUUGAAUUAGCCUUUUUGGGUUGAACCUACUGGUUGACUACACUGAGUGUUGUUCUGAGCAGUCUUUGUUCUGUCCUUCCCCUCUAAAGACACUACUCUCCUCAACAACCCAAUUCAAAUCUUGCCUUAAAUGUCCAAACCAUGGUUUCCCGUUCUCCAAAGCCAUGCCGGCUGUGGGAUUUUCUCAAGUCUGAGCUUUUAAUAAAUGCAUCUGUAGUCUGUCUGAAUCGGGUGUGCUCUGGUCUGUUUUUGCUGCACAUUGCUGCUGAAGUGAAUUUGUCAGUUGACUGUAAUACUUGCUACUGAUCUAUACGCUUAUGUCUGCUUUACUAACUCCUUCUUUGCCAUUAAUCUGCACUGUGGACUGUUGGCAUCCCAUUCUCAUAGAAUCUACAUAUGUGUGAAAUGUUCACACCUGUACAUUCAGAAUGUGUCUUGGAUGCAUGAAGAUAGAACUCUAUGCAUAUGAGUUGUGAGUCGAAGUCACAGUCCUGCUGUUUUCUGUGCAGAGGAGCCUUGAUUCGUUCUAUAGGAACCUCCGUCACAUCCUUAAUUGGCUCGAAGCAGGAGUGCCAUGAUUCCAUUUAAAGCCAUAUAGAAACUUUCCCACUCUGAUAAUGUGUGUAAAAUCACACAAAUCUAGAAUAGAACUGUAAUUUAUGUUUGGAGAAGUAAAGUUGUUGAUUUUUAAAGGUUUUCACUUACAAAAUGCACACAGCUGGAGACACAUUUACACCUAUUGCUGAAACAAUCAUUAAAUGUGAAUAAGUGUAGAACUAAUGAUGCGCUUCUGCUGUCAAACUAGGAUAGAUGACAUACCUGUCAGCUCAAAUCCCAAUGAAUAAAUGGUUGACCCAAAGGAAAUGAGUCAAUUUGAUUUACACGUCAGUGUGGCCGUGCAGGUUGUGUAGGUCUACAUAGGAGCAAUUCAAAAGGAUCGCUCCUAUUUUUGCUAAUCAUUGUGGUUUUAGAUGAGGAACAGCUAUACGUCUGAACAAUGAAGUUAAAUUUUGUUAUUUUUAUUUAGUCUUCCGCUUUUGUUCUCUUGUUAAACAAGUUUGGCCAUCACCUUGUUGCUUCCAUAUGAUUUGUAUGCAAUUUAUGAUGAAGAAUGUCAAACAACGCUUAGGAUAGUGGAAUGUACUGUAUUCUGAUGAACUCCAGGUUCUUAGUUUGUAGAUUGGUUUUGUUUGUCAUUCUCAUGUUGCUCUGCAGUAAGCAGAGAGCUUUCUCCCUUCAUCAGUCGCCCCUCUGUGCUUCUCCUGCACAGAUGCAUUGUUCUGGCAUUUGUACUGUGCAGCGGGUUGCUAACUGAAAGUCUUUCCUUCUUUGAAGACCCAGUUAAAGACAGUUCCACCCUAAUGUUUGGGGGGGACUUCUUUCAGGUGUGUGGAGGAAGCACACUAAGGUUGGCCAAGUGAAACAUUUCCCAAAGUAAGAGCCAUCUAGACCAUUCAGAAUUUGUUCCUGUACAAAUCAGACAUGUUCAUAAACAGAUGUGGCUACUUAGGAUGGGUGAUAUGGACUUCAGGUUGUAUUGCUAUAUUUAGUAGUAGUUACUGUUAAAAUUAAAAAUGUCCCUUCAUUCAGAUACCCACAAACUAUACUACUAAAAAUCCAACUUACCCAAGUAUUAAAUAGGUACUUAAGUAAACCAGCUGCAUUGUAUAGUCCAGUUGUAGUCCACAAAAUAAUUUAAUUUAAACCUUAAAUGGAUAGAUAUUGAUUGAUUGAUGUUAUGGAACCAAUGGUUCAAAACAGCAAAGGUAACAAUUCCAAGUAUACUGUCCUUUUUGCACACAAUGAAUUAGAGUUCACCCAUGACAUUAAUCCCAGUUCUUCUCACUGUCAUUUCCCCCAAAUAAUGAUAAAUAAUAUAAUUCCCCAGCCCAGGCAGCUCAUACAUAGUUCCAGUUGUUUCAAGUUGCUCAAGGUGAAUCCUAGAAAUGUCCUCCGAAUUCUUCAAUAUGAACCAGGAGAACUUAAUGUAUGCACAGAACCAGCAGUACUUUUAUUUUAGGUUGGAGUCAAACAGAUGAACUCUGAGCUUUCACAGUAAAAGGCACUUUUGUGUACUAAACCAAAUAAAGGCAUGGCCUAUGUUCAUUGUCUUACGAUGAAGCCUUCACCCUCCCUUUUGUUACGGAGCAACACUGAAGAAAGCAAACGCAUUACUCUGUAUGUUAGGGAGAAGAAAAAA